CUAGCCAAGUAUCAGCCUCCAACCAAGAGACAUACAACCCCAGCCGUACUACCUCAGCUCUCCGAAUAUGUAUCUUCUCGUGCUCCUGAUUCUCCCCUUCAUCCUUUAUACCGCGACCCGUCUCGCCCGGCUAAUCCGCACAGCCCUUGUCAACCCUUACUUGCUUGCCAUUCCCGGACCUUUCCUUGCUCGCUUCACACGACUGUGGUAUUUCAGCCACGUCCGAAAAGGUCAUUUCGAGUGGGACAAUAUCAACCUCCAUGCCCGCUAUGGUCCAGUCGUCCGUCUUGCGCCAAAUCACUAUAGUAUCAGUGAUCGGGCGGCCGUAAAGACCAUCUACGGCCCGGGGAGUCAGUUCGCCAAGUCCGCUUGGUACGAUGGAUGGAGCCAUCCAGACCCCAACAAAACGAGUUUGUUUGCGGAUCGAAAUAUCAAGAGACAUGCCGAAGCCAAGAAGCGGUAUUCCAGCCUCUACUCCAUGACUUCCCUCAUUCACUACGAGGACUUUGUUGACCGAUGCGCUGAUAUUUUCACGCAACGAGUGGCUGAGUUCGCUCGGCAGGGAGAGUCUUUCAACCUGGGUCAUUGGUUCCAAUGCUAUGCGUUCGAUGUCAUCGGAGAUAUCACCUUUGGACAGCGGUUCGGAUUUUUGGACCAAGGACAAGAUAUGGAAGGUGCGAUCAACGCCGUCGAGAAAGUGAUGAACUUCAGCACGUUGGUGGGCAUCUAUCCGGAGUGGCGUUCGAUCCUCUAUCAUACCCUGGGCCGCUUCAACUUGUCAGGACCGAGUGGACGAUCAUUAAUCAUCCGAUACGUCGAAGACAAGAUCCAGAAGUUCAAUAGCCGCGUUAAAAGUAGCCCCGAGACAGGCCAGGGCGCGUUGCAGACACAAGCUUUCUUGGAGAAGAUGGUCCUCGCCCGGGAUAAAGACCCGAAUAAAGUCGGCGAUCGCCACUUGCUAAUGAUGGGGGUAUCGAAUCUGACUGCCGGGUCGGACACGACCUCAGUCAGUCUUUCCUCCAUCAUGUACGAACUCCUGCGAAACCCAACUGUCCUCCGCCGACUCCGCCAGGAGAUCAGUGAAUUUACCGAACAGGGCCGCUGCAGCACCCGCGUGACAUUCAAGGAAAGCCAGGAGAUGCCAUAUCUGCAGGCCGUGAUGAAGGAGGCAAUCCGCAUGCACAGUGCCACUGGUCUGCCACUUUGGAGGGUCGUCCCCGCUGGAGGUGCUGAGAUCAGUGGGCAUUUCUUUCCCGAGGGAACAGUCCUUGGAAUCAACACCUGGGUCGCGCACUACGAUGAACGGGUGUUUCCAGAUGCCAAAGCCUUUCGACCGGAACGGUGGAUCGAGGCGGAGAGCAAUCCGGAGACGCUGAAGGUCAUGAAUGAGAUGUACAUGCCGUUCGGUCUCGGUUCCAGAACGUGCAUCGGCAAACAUAUCUCGAUUCUGGAAAUGUCGAAACUGAUUCCCCGGAUUGUGCGCGACUUUGACUUUGAGCUGGAAAAUGAAGCAUGGACGACGCGGAAUACGUGGUUCGUGAAAUCGACUGAGUUUGUUGUCAAGGCCGAGUUGCGGAAGAGCUCGUAGAGUGUUGUUCUUGUUGGUUCAAUCAAAUACCCGUUAUAUGAUAUAUGAUUUUCAAUAUGUACCGUCUGGCUU